AUGGCCCACUCGUUCCACGUCAAGUCGUCGCAGCUGCAUCUCAAAUGGUCCAAGGCGCUAACCCCAGUCCUGACAGUUCCCUCGGGGGCCGAGCUGUCGUUUGACCUGCGCGACGGUGGGAACAACCAGAUACGGCCCGACAAUGCUGCCACGGCCUUGGCCGACUUCGACUUUGCUCUAACGGAUCCGGCCAUGGGCCCCGUCUUUGUCGAGGACGCCGCGCCCGGUGAUGUGCUCAAGGUCGAAUUCCUUGAGCUGACCCCCUCCGACUAUGGUUGGACCGCCAUCUUCCCGGGGUUUGGCCUGCUAGCCGACGAGUUCCCCGAACCGCAGCUCAAGGUAUGGGAUCUGACCGAUGCCGGUCUCACCCCCUCUUCUUCACCAGGUGGCAUGCGCCGCGCCGUGUUCCGACCGGGCAUCGAGGUGCCCGUCGAGCCGUUCCUGGGCGUUGUCGGCGUGGCACCCGCCACAGACGAGGAGCUCCCGACCAUUCCGCCGUACGCCGCGUCGGGCGGUAACAUGGACUGCCGCUACCUGAGCCGCGUUGGGAGCACCUUGUACCUACCCGUCAACGUUGCGGGCGCCCUGUUUAGCUGCGGCGAUGGUCACGCCGCGCAGGGCGACGGUGAGGUCUGCGGCACUGCCAUCGAAACGCCCAUGCUCGCGCGCCUGCGCCUGACGGUCGAGAAGAAGGCCGUCAGAGACGCAAAGGGCUGGGCCUUAAAUUGCCCGCACUACGUCACCCCGCCCCUGACGAGGGAGCAGCUCGAAGCUAAGCUCGCUCCCGCCGACAAGGGCGAGUACGCGGCGCUAGGGAUCCACGAGGAUAUCCGCGAGGCUAGUCGCAUGGCGCUCAGAGGGCUGCUGGACUGGCUUGUUGCCGAAAAGGACUUGUCGCGGCCAGAAGCAUACAUGCUGGCCUCGGUGAGCUCGAGCCUCAAGAUGGCCGAGGUGGUCGACAUGCCCAACUAUGCCAUCGCGUGCUCGAUUCCAUUGAACGUAUUUACGGAGUGA